UUGAGCCGACGCCGCUUCGCCCAGACUCGACAGACUCGUGAAGUUCGUGGAACAAAGUGGGGUUUUAGAGGCGAGGUCGGUUCACCGCUCACCUGCUGCCAUGCUCCGGAGCCUCGGCGCGCACUAGCUCCUGCUAAGCGGCGCACUGACAUCGGCCAAGUGGCUCAACUCUUUCCCCGGGAAGCAUGAACGGGAAGAACCCGCUCUUCGAACUCUUCGUCUUCCUCCAGGACCCGCACUUGGUCGCCAGCUUCCAGCGAUUGUGCGGUGUUCGAGGAACCGCCCGUGAAGCGGGGCGGCUUCACCCUCAGCAGCCCGCUGGAGCGGAACUGGCACCGGCGCUCGAUGGACGCGGGGGAAUUAGGACCCAAACUUUAACCGAUGAUGAAAACCCGGAAGAAAGCUCGAGCUCCUCAUCGGUGUCGGAGCGAAGCAAACUGACCGCAAACGGAGGGAGGCUGACCGGGGCCACCUCCGCUGAAACCCCGGGUCAGAGCACCCUCAGGCCGCGGCGGAAAAACUCGCUGACGGGGGAAGCCGGUCAGGAGUUCCUCAUCGAGAACCGGUUCUGGUACUAUCUCUUCACUUUCGGGACCGAACUGGGCAACGAGCUCUUCUACAUCUCCUUCUUCCCGUUCAUCGCGUGGAACGUGGACCCUUUCGUGGGUCGUCGGAUCAUCAUGUUGUGGUCGUGGGUCAUGUAUCUGGGCCAGUGCACCAAGGACUUGGUCAGCUGGCCCAGACCCAUGUCCCCACCGGUGGUCAAAGUGGAGAUGUUCUACAACUCGGAAUACAGCAUGCCAUCCACGCACGCCAUGUCGGCGACCGCCAUCCCGGUCGCCCUCUUCUACAUGACCUCUGAACGAUGGGAGUAUCCAUCCACUUUGGGCUUCAUUGUCGCCCCCUGCUGGUGUCUUCUGGUCUGUGUGAGUCGGAUCUACAUGGGGAUGCACUCGGUCCUGGAUGUUAUCGCCGGCGUGCUCUUCAGCGCCGUCAUCCUGCUCUUCCUCCUGCCACUGCUGGACGUGAUCGACAGCUUCAUCAUGACGUGGCAUUCGGCGCCGCUGGUCAUCGUGUCGGUCCACGUGGGUCUGGGACUCUUCUGCUUCACCCUGGACACCUGGAGCACGUCCCGCAGCGACACAGCCCAGAUCCUGGGCACGGGUUCCGGUGUGGCCUUGGCUUCUCACAUCAACUAUCGGCUGGGUCUCCUGCCCGACCCAGACGGACUCCCGCUCACCCUGCCCGCCCUGGGCGCCGGCCUGGUGCUGACUUGUUUAUUUCGCCUCCUCUUGGGCGUGCUGGUCCUCAUGGGGACCCGUGAGUUGAUGAAGGCGCUGACCAUCCCGCUGCUCUGCCGUCUAGUCGGCCUGCCGGGUCACGAUGUCCGCAAGGCCCGGCAGCACAUGGAGGUGGAACUCCCCCACCGCUACCUUGUCUACUGCGCAGUCGGCUUCAAUGUCCUCUUUCUGGUCCCAAUCAUCUUCAACUUACUGUCGCUGUAACCGGAGUAGUAGGAACUCCUGAAAGAGCUACUUGAAUCUUGAGACUGAAGACAGUCAUGAACAAUGACGUCUGUUAUGUUGUGACUUCCUGCUGAGUCCAUGUGUCUCGCAAGUGACUAGAAUAGACGGAUAUCUGGUCAUCACUGGAUCGUUUUGCCUGUCAACGUUUUAUAGUUUCCGUUUAAACUGGUGGUGAUGACGAGUGAGUUUGUGCUCUGAUCUGCAAUGGCCUGAGGAGAGGCUGCUUCAUGAUAUAUUGAUGACAAUUGUUGACUGUAUUUCUCAUCACAUUCAUCCUCCAGAUGGUCUGAGAGGGACACACCACUCGAUAUUUGAGUCACGAAAGUGAAAAUCUCAGGUCUUCAGAACUUUAUUUUUCUAUUUCUGAUCUCUUAAGAAGCAUCUUUUUUAUUGUGAAGCUUUCUACUGGCGUGAAAGUGAAAUUUUGAGUCUGAUCAAGAAUGUAACCGCUCGCUUGUUUGUUUUACACUGAAAGAAGCCGUGGAUGCUUCUGUUUCCUUGUGGUCAAUGUAGUUUGUAAGAUGAACGUAAGUCUAUAUUUGUGCUUUGAAUUUCACUGAAAUAAAGUGUUGGUUUGCAUACCAGGGUUUUC